UGAAUCUACUCACAUCUUAGUUCAGAGAAAUAUAACGGUAUAAUAUAUUACUUUGUAUCUUUGAAAACUAUGACUAAUUAGAUAAUUUUGUUUCAGUAGGCUACUGUGCUUUGGGAAUUAUGUGGCAGAGAAAAUGAUAGAAAUUAAUGAGUUCCCUUUUGCUGAAAUUUCUUAUUUCUAUGUGUAUGUGAAAGUACAAUUAGUAUAAUGGAAUGUAUGAAAUAAAACUGUUGAGAAAUGUUUAGCAGUCUGAAUUUAGGCCACAUCUCUGUUAACAGUGUGGCAGAACAGUUUAGCAGUGGUACCAUGGGAUGCAGAAUAACAAUACGUUGAGUUAAUAGAGAUAACCUGCAAGGCUGACAAUAUAGAAUGAAUCAUUUAUGUACAAUCCUCUAUUCACUUUACACCUCUUUUGCAAUUUUUUUUUAUUUUCUUGGUCGUAAUUACUGAUGGCAUGCUGUAGGAUGGAAAUUACAGAAAGUAAGCAUCAAAUCCCAAUGUGGACAUUUUUGGAGUACAGUUCAAUGAAGGAUUUGCUGUUUGACAGUAAAAGAAAAUGGCACACCUUGGAAGCUUAGUUCAACUAUAUUUCCAUUUAGGCCUGCAACAAAAGGAAAUUUUGGCAGUCCUUGGAGGUCAUCAUGGCAUAAUUUUAAGUCUCCGAACACUCCAAAAAUAUUUGCAGACUAAUGAUUUGUACAGAAGGAAGCAUUAUUCAGAUUACAUUGACGUAGCAUGUUACAUCCUAGAGGAAAUUGAGUCUUCUGGACAGCUUCUUGGGUACAGGCUAAUGCAUUUAAAAUGUAUUCAGCAAGGGUUUGUAGUUAAACGUGAAACAGACUACUGUUAGAAAUAUUUGACCCAGUUGGUGUAAAGUAUCGAACAAUCAGACGACUCAGGCGGCAAAGGUACUAAUGUCUAGGGCCUAAUUUUAUGUGGCACCUUGACUCAUGAUAAACUUAUGCCUUAUGGCCUAUGCAUGAAUGGGUGUGUGGAUGGCUUCUCUCGUUAUGUUAUCUGGCUUGAGGUAAACUCCACCAACAGUAAUCCAAGUGUCAUUGCUGGAUAUUUUGUUGAAGCUGUAAAAACACAACUUGGAUGUCCAAAAAGAGCAGAUCGAGGUACAGAAAACAUUUAUGUGAAGCAAAUGCAAGAGUUUCUUAGAAGAAAUGGUACUGAUCAAUUUGCAGACAAUCAAAGUUUCCUGUAUGGUUCAAGUAACCAUAACCAAAGAAUAGAAAGCUUUUGGGGUUUUGUAAGAAAGGAGUGUAUCCAAUUCUGGAUUAAUCUUUUCCAGAAACUGAAAGAAGAAGACCAAUGCACAGGUGAUUUUCUAGACAAGUCACUUCUUCAGUUUUGCUUCAUGAAACUGCUACAGGAGGAACUAAAUUGUGUGUCUCACUUAUGGAACAUGCAUCGCAUUAGACCUCAGCGAAACAGCAAUUCCCCCCAUGGUAAACCUUUUAUCAUGUAUACUGUUCCACAUCUCUAUGGUGCUGAAGACAAUUUCUGUCCUUGCAGUGUACAGGAUAUUGAGGUUUGUGAAGAGGAAUGUCAGACAAGACAAUACCCAUGUGAUCAGACAGUAUUUGAACUGUGCUGCCUACUGAUGACUGAACUUCAAUUAGAUCCUCCUGAUAAAGCAGAAGAAGCCACAUAUCUUUAUAUUUCAUUAAGAGAACAAAUACGUAGUUCACUCUAAGUCUGAAUUGUAAAUCCAAGGCCUAAGAUCUAGGAAAAAGUAGCAGUGAUCUCUGCAUGAUUAGUGGAAACAUGUAUAAAAUAUUUUUAGUAUAAAUGAUUAAAAUCUUUAUUGGACUUUUGCCAUUGCAUAAACACUUUUAUUUUCUUUAUUUCAGAUAGCAAGCAAUUCUGAUACAAAGUCUAUUGCCUUCUUAUAUCUUAUAUCAAGUGUGCCUGCAUUCAGCAAGAAGCAUUGGUUUUAGUAGGCUUAUUACAAAUAUUAAAACCUUUGUAUGUGUAUAGUGCAUAUGUAAAUAGCAAUGUGAAAAUA